CCCUAUGAAAUGUUACUUUAACGACUUAUUCCAUAAUCAUGAUGGUAUCAACUAGUUUAUUGAUUUUGCAAAAGGACAAACACGCGUUGCAGACUGCGGUAUAAUCCAAAUACAUACUGGAAUUUUCGAUUACACAGUUUGUAUUUGUAGUUUUAUCGUUUAAUUAAUUCUAACUUUAAUAGAUAAUUUAGAAAAAAGCAUGGUAGUAGUUAUUUAAAUUUGUAUACAGUGAAUGUGUAGAAGAGGUAGAGUUAAUUUACUAUUUUUUGUAUGUUUUUGGAAAAGAAAGUCGUUUUAAAUAUUUAAAGUAAUUAAAAUCGUAAGUUGUACUACUACAGCACCAUCUAUGAGACACUAGUGACACUACUGGAAAUGAAGUUUUUCAGAUUGAUGUCCACCAUGGCGAGUAUUAAAGAAGCUAAAGGUGCAUUGAGAGAAGCUACUAUAAAAAAAUUAACCAAUGUAUCUGCAGAAGAAAGAAAAAUACAAUCGGAGAUUGUAAAAGAAAAGCUUUUUGAGUUACCAGUAUUUAAAAAUUCGAAAAAUAUAUCAGUAUAUUUAAGUUUGGAUACAGAGAUAAAUACUGAAGCAAUUAUAGCAAAAAUUUUUGAAGAUGGAAAGAAAUGCUUUGUUCCAAGAUACAGAAAAGCUGGAAUGGAAAUGGUUCAGCUAUAUUCCAUGCAAGAUUGGGCAACAUUACCAGUCACAAAAUGGAACAUUAAACAACCUUCAUUUAAAGAUCAGAGACAAGAUGCUUUAAAUUCAGAUAAAGAUAUAGAUAAAGAUAUAGAUAAAGAUAUAGAUAAAGAUAUAGAUAAAGAUAUAGAUAAAGAUAUAGAUAAAGAUAUAGAUAAAGAUAUAGAUAAAGAUAUAGAUAAAGAUAUAGAUAAAGAUAUAGAUAAAGAUAUAGAUAAAGAUAUAGAUAAAGAUAUAGAUAUAGAUAUAGAUAAAGAUAUAGAUAAAGAUAUAGAUAAAGAUAUAGAUAAAGAUAUAGAUAAAGAUAUAGAUAAAGAUAUAGAUAAAGAUAUAGAUAAAGAUAUAGAUAAAGAUAUAGAUAAAGAUAUAGAUAAAGAUAUAGAUAAAGAUAUAGAUAAAGAUAUAGAUAAAGAUAUAGAUAAAGAUAUAGAUAAAGAUAUAGAUAAAGAUAUAGAUAAAGAUAUAGAUAAAGAUAUAGAUAAAGAUAUAGAUAAAGAUAUAGAUAAAGAUAUAGAUAAAGAUAUAGAUAAAGAUAUAGAUAAAGAUAUAGAUAAAGAUAUAGAUAAAGAUAUAGAUAAAGAUAUAGAUAAAGAUAUAGAUAAAGAUAUAGAUAAAGAUAUAGAUAAAGAUAUAGAUAAAGAUAAAGAUAUAGAUAAAGAUAUAGAUAAAGAUAUAGAUAUAGAUAAAGAUAUAGAUAAAGAUAUAGAUAUAGAUAAAGAUAUAGAUUAUAUAGAUAGAGCUAGAGAUAGAUAUAGAGAUAGAUUUUUUAUUAAUUGA